AUGUUGCCUGGUUUGGAGCAUCGCUCCGCUCCCUCGACCCGGGGAAACGAAGCAUCUGGUGGUGGACGAUACGCCGAGGAAAUAGGCGACCGGAACAGCAACAACACCAGCAGCGGCAGCAGCAGCGACGGAGGGCUGGAUGUGGCCUGGUUUGCAGCAUCGCUGCGCCCCUUCGACCCGGGCAAACAGCUGAGGGCGAGGGUUGCUGGGGGCGUGCUGGGCGUGGAAACCCCUUUCGACCGUGGAAAGGCGUUGGGGCGGCGACGGCCGGGGCGCAUGCGCUCGAGGGUGGAGCAGCGGAGGAGGAUCUGGUGGCCACGGGAGCUGGGCGCCAAGGCAUGUUGGCGGAAGACUCCAAGGCUGGACCGAGGCGCAACGCGGGGAACUUUCGAGUUUUUUCUGUUUUGAGCGUUUUCUAGAUGCAGUGCCUAAUUUUGGUUGACAAUCGUGGUCAAAUGUUUUGCUGUUCAAUUUCUCGUUUGUGUGUGUAUUGUUGCAAAGGACUGAUCAUUGCUUGCUGCAGAUAAGCGUACCGUCGUGAUGGUAGACAGAGACACUGGAAACCUUUGUCGCCAACCACUGUUGCUCGUUGUACACAAAGCAAUCUGAACUUUUGAUGAUAUUGAACGUUGCAGCAGGGGGUGUUUUCCAACGACCGGUUAUUUUCAAGAUGCAUUUGUGUCGAUCAGGUGUUUGGCCACAGCCACUUGCCGAACUUUUGCAACGCAUUUAUCGUACGGGCAGUCGAUUUUCACUGGCAUAGGGCACACGCUGGUAGACGAUGUGCUGGGUGCUUAUGAGUGUAUGUUUAUGCUUUUGUGCUUGACCUGUAGCACAUAACGGGACGUUCGCCUUGACGGAUGAAAUGAAGGAGGCACGCUCGGGGGACGGGGUAUUGUAGUGUAGGUAUACAUGUGUUGGCACUGGUGGGCUUGUGGACUACUUUGUCUAGAGUUUGGGGGGAACAUCGGUGAUUGUAUCACGAUGCAACGAGGAACGGGGUU